UUUUUUUACAUUGCUGCAGAAAGGUUUCUCGUCUCGCUGGUGACCUUAGUGGUCCGUUCUCCUGGAUGAAAUAAAAGUGAAAAUUAACAAUAUGAGUGUAUAAAACGAAAUGUAAAUGCAAUAGAGCCACUGAAUGAUAUGCGGUUUUAUUUGUGCUGAAAACGAAACCCGAAACCAUUCUUUGUUCAACACAAUAUUGAAUAAUCUUAAAAAUGGUCUACCCCGAAGAACCAUUUUGGGUUUUACCAACCGUAACUGGAUUUUACGAGGAUAGAGAUUAUAGAGUAAAUGUCGUUGAAGCCCUACAAGAGUUUUGGCAAAUGAAGCAGUCUCGUGGAGCUGAAUUGAAAAAUGGAGCCCUUGUGAUUUACGAAUCGAUUCCGUCUAAUAGCCAGCCAUACAUUUGCUUCGUAACACUUCCUGGAGGAAGCUGCUUUGGAAGUUUUCAAAACUGUCCCACCAAGGCAGAGGCUCGUCGCAGUUCGGCCAAGAUUGCCCUGAUGAAUUCCGUCUUUAAUGAGCAUCCUUCUCGUCGAAUCAGCGAUGAGUUCAUUCAAAAGGCGGUUCAGGAUGCUCGCACCUCCUUCAAGGGCACAUCGCAAAUCAACGAGGGCACAGAGUCGGGCAUCGGAGCAUUCAGAUUCAUGCUGGAGGCGAACAAGGGAAGAACCAUGCUGGAGUUCCAGGAGCUCAUGACCGUCUUUCAACUGCUUCACUGGAACGGAUCGCUGAAGGCAAUGCGCGAACGCCACUGCUCCAGGCAGGAAGUGGUGGCCCACUAUUCGAACCGGAGCCUGGACGACGAGAUGCGAUCGCAGAUGGCAUUGGAUUGGAUUGCCAGGGAGCACGACAAUCCCGGCGUUAUUCGCAGGGAGCUUGUGCUCGCCGAGAGGGAGCUGGAGACCUUUCGCAUGGCUGGGCGUGAAUUGCGCUUUCCGAAGGAGAAGAAGGAUAUACUUAUGAUAGCCCAUAAUCAGCUGGGCGGCAGUGCCCUUAACUCGGCUUCUAUUGAUGAUUAAUUGCAAAAAUUAAUAAGCACGAUCGAAAUUAACCCUUUUUUAGAUAAAUCGUAUAAUUUCAACUUUAACGACGAUCAAUAUAUAUUUAAUUGGCAUACCA